ACAGAAAGGCAGCCAGACAGAUAACGAUAUUUCAAUUUUCGCGGUAGGUCCUCUGUAUGUGUUACAUUGGAUUGGUCCGUGUCUAUAGAAUCUUAAUAGGUUUUUAACUCAUUAAUUCUCCUAUGAUGGAAACAAUAACUUCAUUAUCAUUGGCUAAUAUUGUGACGCAACACUUCAAAAUGGCACAUACGGCCAAUAAAAAUGUUGCCUGAAGUGUUGUGUAUAAGUCAAACGUGUAACGAAAACUCAUUUAUAAGGAAUUCAUGUCAUUUUUCUGCGAGAGUAGCGCGGUUUUCCACCUUCCUAGAUUCAAAUUUGAAUUAUUACUUGCUGAAAAAACUAUUUCUUGAAGAUUAUUAUUCGCGUCGUUAUUUAAUACUUGAUAAUAAGAACAAACUUAAGAUACCAGUGACGGAUAUCAUGCGGCGCUGCGAAUAUCGCGUGGAGGGUUAAAAGCGAGGCGCCGCUCGACAUCCGCUGGCGCAGCCCUGACGGGCGGGCAUCGCCCUAGUUGCCCCUUCGCAUCGAACGGUUGCGUAGUAGCGAUCGCGAGCCCUAGCCACAGAACCCUGUUAUUAUUUUAACUCUGUGUCUAAAUUUGUUUCUAAUCGAUAUUUUCUUUGUCUGGCUGUGAUUCGUGCGAGUGAUUGGUUUGGAUUUAGAUAGUGCAAAACAAUAUUCUACGGACUUGAAAAUGGAAGAUUCCUAUAUAAUAGCUAAUUUCCACACGCUGUGUCGCUUGUGUUUGAACAAGAGCUCUCUGAUGGUGUCGAUUUUCGGAGCCGCGCCUGAUGAUGAAACCAAUUCGGCACUAACCUCGAAAAUCGCUGAAUUUGUCGAACUUCAGAUGGACCCUAAUGAUGGCCUUCCUGGAAGAAUUUGCUACAAAUGCUUGUUCAAAGUAGACAAAUGUUCCAAAUUUCGCCUUCAAUGUAUCCAGAAUGAGACAAGAUUGAGACAGAUCACAAAUAGAGUUAAUGAACAAGAGAAUUCUAAUUCCUCUGAGAUGUCCAAUUUCUACACCACCACUCAAGAUAUCAACAAACAAGAUUACAUUGUAGAAGACAGUGUUGUUAUGGUGGUAGAUCCAAGCCUAGACUAUGAUUCCUCAGAGGAGUCUGACAAUGCAGAUCAAACCAAUGCAGAUCCCACAGAGCGAAACAACACCCCUGAUGGAGACCAUAUGCCAGAUUCAUUCUUCAAAAAUGUUGCCAUGUGCCAGUAUUGUGAUCAAGCUUUUAUUUCUCAAGAUAAGUGUAAAGAACAUGAGGUUACUUGCCAUGAUCCUAAUCUGCCAUUUAAAUGUAUAGAAUGCAGCUUAGUCUUUUCUGAGCGAAACCAAUAUGUCCAGCAUAUUAAGCAAGUACAUGGCAAUGACAAGCCUUAUCACUGCCCGGAGUGUGACAAGUCCUUUGGCCGCAGAUCAGAUUUGAGGAAGCAUUCAAUAGUUCACACUGGCAUCAGGCCAUUUCAGUGUCAGUACUGUCUCAAAAGCUUUUCACGUAACACUAAUCUAAGCAAACAUCUCAGGAUACAUGCAGGCCACAAGCCACAUGUAUGCCCUUUAUGUCCAAGAAGCUUUGUGUGCCGUAAUGACUUAGAGCGCCAUGUCCUAGUCCACUCUGGUAUGAAACCAUAUGCAUGCCGAAAAUGCCCUUUGACAUUUGGUAGAAGAGAUAAACUAAUCAAACAUGAAGUCAGGCAUGGUCCUCCGAGUCCCAACCAAGUGCAUCAAAUAGACAAUGAGCAGGAGACACAUGAUAUGGUAAUCAAUGUCAACCCUUACAGCAACUUACUGACUUCUCCCACCCAUCCUGGUGCUGAUUAUGAUCUCCCUCGAGUACCAGACCACAUUUCCGGUGUUAGUAGUUUUAUUAAUCAAAUACAUAAAAACCCUUCCACUCCCGGAAAGCUAGCAACAUCUCCACCUAAACCAAAACCAGUAUCAAAUAAAAACAAGCCUAAAAAUAUAAAAUGUCAUCAAUGUCCAAAAAAGCUAUCCUCGUUAGAUGCAUAUAAGACUCAUGUUUCAAUAGCACACAUUGGAAAUAGAGGAUUUCAAUGCAAAAUAUGUUUUAAGAAAUUUUCCCGCAAGAGAGAGCUGGACCGUCAUGUGACCCUUCACUCUGGUAUGAAGCCUUUCUCGUGCGGUCAAUGUGAUAAGAAAUUCAACAGAAAAGACAAUCUGAAUAAACAUGAGGAAACUCAUGAAUGCCUGGUUGUGAACAUGCCUUGUAUUGAAUGUGGGCUCACUUUUGAGAAGAAAGCCGAGUUAGUGGCCCACAUUAAAUCUCACUUCACUGACAAUUUUGAUGACAAGCCUGAGAUAAAGAAGGAGGAUGAGCCGGAGUUCCCAAUAGAUGAUAACUAUUAUGACUUGGAAACCUGAGACCAGGAUUUUAACAUUGAUAACUUUUCAUUGAUUAUUUAAACUGUGGCACAUUCUAUAAACACCUUUUAGAUAAAAAUAUUUCAAUCCAUGUAAUUCCGAAGCAUAUAUUGGAUAAUUGACUGUAAGAUGAACAAUAUAGAUAGACCUAUUGUUGUCACUGUUAAAUUUUAAAGAGUUCUAAAUGUGAUUAUUAUAAAUAGCAUUCAAUUUAAUUAGGUCAAUCUAUUUUAACUUGUAUGGAAGUACCACAAUACAGAGCCAAUACAUAAUGUGGAUCUAGGAUACUUCAUCAUCAUCAACAUAUUAAUACGAGUAGGUAGUAAAACUAAAUGUGGUAACCACGGAAUAAGGAGUGAUUCAGAAAAAAGUAGCAGUACAGUCAGCGUCAAAUACUUCGUAGCAGUCAAAGUAGCCAAAUAGUUCGGUACACCAUAUAUUGUGUAUGGUGUACCGAACUAUUUGGACAUUUUACUGCUACGAAGUAUUUGACGCUGACUGUACAUGAUGUGGAUUUUAAAUUUUAUUUUGUUAUAUUUUUAAGCAGCGCAUUUUUAUAGUAAUCUAUGGAUACUAUUCCAUAAAAUUAAAUACAAUCGUAUUUAAAAUAAAAGGGCGAAUUGAAGUUUUCGCCUUUUAUAUUACAUCUCUCUUAACACUUUGGAGAGCUUCUUCUGGGAGAAUUUAUGAGAUGUUUCUUAUAAACAUAUUUUUUUUCUUUAAGUUUCAUGAGCUACUUUAUAUCUUAUAAAAUUGUAAAUUUUUUGAAAUUGCACUUUUUUGAUUUGACUUCUACUUCUCCGUUUAACUCCAUUUUUACAGAAAUUUGUCUCCCGUAGAAAAACCUCUGUCAGAGUUUCGAUUGAAGAGACUUCCUGACUACCCAAGAUAAACUCCAGUUUAUUGGUAUAACUUAUUCGUAAGAUGAUAUUCCUAAAAGCAUAAAACAAGUUGUGAAAAUUUAAAUUCAAUUGUGGCAUAGUGGGAAAUGGGAAGUGAAGAUUGACAAAUUGUGUUGUACAAAAUGUUACGAAGUAAGUACAUACAUUGCAAUAAAAAUGAGGAAACUCAAACAAUCUGAUAUUUCUCAAUAUGGUGUAAUUUUUAUUAUUUAGUAUUUUAUCUACAGAUUACUGAAAAAAAAAUUGCUUCAUAAUUAACAAAAAAAUACACCAGACAAUUCACUGCCACUUUUUUACUGAUCCACUCCUUAUAUUUAUUGAGACUUCAGAACAAUCUCCAUUUUAAACAAUCAGAAAUAAUGAAUGUUGGUAUUAUAUCUUUAAGAAAUAAAUUAUUAACGUCGUAUUAGUAUUUAGAUACAUGUGUGGAGUUACUGCUCCCUAAAACUUAUUCUGUUACUACAUAUACAUGUUAUUACAAAUUCUAUGCACCAAUUACAAUUAUGCAAAUAAAAAUCAAGCCAUUAAUUUGAUUUUAGUUGUGAAUUAAUGAAAAUUACACUUUAAUAUUGUUAACAAGUACUUAACAAAAUACACUAAUGCGUUAUGAGAUGGAACGUAGGUAAUGCAUAACGUCAUUAAAUCAUGCACAUUUUUACAACACUAAUAUAAAAAUCUACGAUUACGUCAUUAUUCAUCAAAUCGUCACAAGAAAAGGUGUAGCAAGAGUACGGAACAAACAGUACAUUAUGAUACAAACGCGAAACUCAACACUGGAAACAAUAUACUCCUUUUUUUGGGCAGACGUGUAAAAAUAGGAAAUUCGCAACAACUGGCUAUAAAUUCGAUACGAGUUGCGAAUUACCUAUUCCCACAUGUAUAAUACAACGUUUUACAGUGCAUACGGCUCGUUAAAUUUUCGACAUAGUUACGUAAUGUGCUUAUUAUCGCACUAGUGCGGUAAAGUAGCGCCACAUGUACUGUAACAUUACGAUACAAGUGCGAAAAAUAGGAAAUUCGAAACGAGUGGCGAUAAAUUAAAACACGACCGAAGGGAGUGUUUUAAAUCGACACGAGUUGUGAAUUACCUAUUCGCACAUGUAUCGUACAACGUUUUACAGUACAUAUGGCCCUUUAAAUGGUCAACACAGUAACGUAAUAAGCUAAUUUUCGCACUAGUGCGGUAAAGUAGCACCAUAUGUACUGUAAAAUAUAUUAUGAACCCUACAUUGCAACGUUAUUAAUAAUAAUAACCGUUCUAUGCCUAUUUACUUAUUCUGAAAAGAUGAUUCAUAUUGGCAGAUUACAGUCCAAUAUUGUUUGAUUUUUUAUUAUUAUUGUUCUAUUUAAAACCAAUGUAUUGUUACCGUUAGUAAAAGAUGAGAUAAACCCAUAAUCUUGUUCAAACUGAGAUUUCGUUCCUGGAACAGCAGGAAGCAUUUUGUUAUAACAUUUUAGUUGUAUUUUUUUAAAUCUUAUUUUUUGUUUUUCUAAUUUGUAAUCCUAUUAUUGUUAACUACCAGCUGAGAAUAAUUUUUCCCAUUUUUUUCUCUGCGGUAACAAAGAAGUGAAAAUUCACGCCGAAAAAUGAAAAAUUCUCUGUCACUCGAAUAUGCAAGAGGCAAAUAACGAUUUUUCAAUAUUGGCGGAAGGCCCUCAAGAGCUAAACGGCGGGUUAUUCCCACUAGUUACCACCAAGUUGUUACCAGUGGUAACUACUGGGAAUUUAUUUCCCACCUUUUACCACUUCGUCACAAUUAUGCGAUUGAACAAACAAAUCAGUCAAAGACCGAUUUUUUUAUCACUUUUAAGGCAGUUUACUGAAACAGUACUUAAUCGACUUAUAAUUAAACGAAUAACGAAUUAAUUUAUAAUUAAUUCGACUUUUAAUUAAUUAUUGAUUAAAGCACUCUAUAUUUAUACUAUUUUUAUUAGUAUUGAACGCUAACCAAAUUUUGGUGGUAACUACUGGGAACAAAAAUUCCCACCUUUUCCCAGUAGUUACCACUGGUAACAACUUGGUGGUAAAUAGUGGGAAUGACCCUAAAUGACUAGGCCGCCUGAUAUAACCGAUUGGCCUCUGCAAUGCAGAAGAUGCAGUUUUGUUUUUAUUAUCAUUGUUUACAUAUUUCUUUUUGCGCAAUAAAUGCUGUCGCAUAGUAA